CACAACAUGCUGGAGACCGAGGUGGCUCUGCUCCCCUGAGUUAACUUUUGUUGUUGCUUUAUCUCCAGAGAGGAGGAGGCGGAGGAGGUCGAUGAGACAGAAGGGGAGAAAAAGUCAGUCAUGCCAAGAGGUUAGGGCUAGAGCCGGAGGAGCGUCUCCUUGUGAAAGAAGUCCAUCGGUAUUUGUUUGCGUUGAAGUGGGGGAAUAAGGAAAGGAGGAGGGGGAAACAGGGGAGAGAAAAGCCCAGAGAAGAGCGAGAGAGAAGUGGGGUGAAAGAUGCAGCCGUCCGCGGUGCUGUUUGGCGUCCUGGCAACUUUCCUGCUCCACCAGAGUCCAGGAGUUCAGGGCAGCGCUGACUGUUCCUGCGGGAGGAACCACUUCACAUGUGCCGUCAGCGCAUUUGGAGAGUGUACCUGCAUCCCGGCCCAAUGGCAGUGUGACGGAGACAAUGAUUGCGGGGACCACAGCGAUGAGGAUGGAUGCAUGCUCCCCACCUGCUCACCACUGGACUUUCACUGUGACAAUGGAAAAUGCAUUCGUCGCUCCUGGGUCUGCGAUGGAGACAACGACUGUGAAGACGACUCUGACGAACAAGACUGCCCUCCCAGAGAGUGUGAGGAGGAUGAGUUCCAGUGCCAAAACGGUUACUGCAUCCGAAGCCUCUGGCACUGUGACGGUGACAAUGACUGUGGUGACAACAGCGAUGAGCAGUGUGAUAUGCGUAAAUGUUCAGACAAAGAGUUCCGCUGCACAGAUGGAAGUUGUAUAGCUGAGCACUGGUACUGUGAUGGAGAUACAGACUGUAAGGACGGGUCAGAUGAGGAAAACUGCCCCUCGGAUGUUAUGACGGCCACCUGCAGUGUGGAGGAGUUCCAGUGCGCGUACGGCCGCUGCAUCCUGGACAUCUACCACUGUGACGGAGACGACGACUGUGGCGACUGGUCAGAUGAGUCGGACUGCUCUUCCCAUCAGCCCUGCAGAUCAGUAGAAUUCAUGUGCAGCAGCGGGAUGUGCAUCAACGCCGGCUGGAGAUGUGAUGGUGAAUACGACUGUGAUGACCAGUCGGAUGAAAAGAACUGCACCUCAUCAAUGUGCACAGCUGACCAGUUCCGUUGUGGAACUGGACGUUGUGUGCGGUUGUCAUGGAGAUGUGAUGGCGAGGAUGACUGCACGGAUCGGAGUGAUGAAGAGGGGUGUGAGAAAACUGACAGUCCUCCAUGUGCUCCUGAUCAGUUUCAGUGUGGGAAUGGCCGUUGUAUUGGACAGAGAAAAGUGUGCAAUGAGGUUAAUGACUGCGGUGAUGGGACAGAUGAGCAUCCACACCACGACUGCAGGCCCCGGUCUAGUGAGGGCAACUGUAACCAGAAUAAUGGAGGCUGCUCACAGAAGUGUCAGAUGGUCAGAGGACUGGUCCAGUGCACCUGUCACACGGGAUACCGACUGACGGAUGACAGCAAAACCUGCCAGGAUGUGGAUGAAUGUGCUGAAGAGGGUUACUGUAGCCAGGGCUGUACCAACACAGAGGGGAGUUUCCUGUGCCGCUGUGUUCACGGCUACGAGCUUCGGCCUGACAAGCGCAGCUGCAAAGCUCUGGGUCCAGAGCCAGUGCUGCUGUUCGCCAACCGCAUCGACAUCCGACAAGUUUUGCCACAUCGCUCAGAAUACACCCUCCUCCUCAACAACCUGGAAAACGCCAUUGCACUGGACUUCCAUCACAGCCAAGAGCUUGUGUUCUGGUCAGAUGUGACGCUUGACCGUAUCAUGAAGGCUAACCUCAACGGCUCAAACGUGGAGGAGGUCAUCUCCACCGGUUUGGAGAGCCCUGGGGGAUUGGCUAUCGACUGGAUCCAUGAUAAGCUUUACUGGACAGACUCUGGGACGUCCCGAAUUGAAGUGGCCAAUCUGGAUGGAACACACCGAAAGGUGUUAUUGUGGCAGAACAUGGAGAAGCCCAGAGCCAUUGCAUUGCACCCCAUCGAGGGUAAGAUUUACUGGACAGACUGGGGGAACACGCCACGCAUCGAGUACGCCAACAUGGAUGGCUCAAACCGACGAGUCAUUGCGGACACACACCUGUUCUGGCCUAACGGCCUUACCAUCGAUUAUGCCAGCCGGCGCAUAUACUGGGUGGAUGCCAAGCAUCACGUCAUUGAGAGAGCUGACUUGGAUGGACGCAACCGCAAGGCUGUCAUCAGCCAAGGUCUUCCUCAUCCAUUUGCCAUCACGGUUUUUGAGGACAGCCUCUACUGGACUGACUGGCACACCAAAAGCAUCAACAGUGCCAACAAAUUCACUGGUAAAAACCAGGAGGUCAUUCGCAAUAAGCUCCACUUUCCCAUGGACAUCCACACCCUUCACCCACAGAGGCAGCCUGCAGGAGGCAGAAAUCGCUGUGGAUCAAACAAUGGAGGCUGCAGCCACCUGUGCCUCCCCAGCAACAAAACCUCCACCUGCACUUGUCCCACCGGCUUCAAAAAAGUUGACAACUACAUGUGUUCCGACAGUCUUGACAAGUUCCUGCUUUUUGCCCGAAGGACGGACAUCCGACGAAUCAGCUUUGAUACGGAGGAUAUGUCCGAUGAUGUCAUCCCCCUGGCCGAUGUGCGAAAUGCUGUGGCGGUGGACUGGGAUGACAAAGAUGGCUACAUUUACUGGACAGAUGUCACUACUGACUCCAUCAACAGAGCGCUGUGGAACGGCACCAAGCAGGAGGUGGUGGUGGAUACAAGCCUGGAGAGCCCUGCAGGCUUGGCAAUUGAUUGGAUGACCAACAAACUGUACUGGACUGAUGCUGGUACGGAUCGUAUCGAAGUUUCUAAUGCCGAUGGCAGCAUGAGGACGGUGCUGAUCUGGGAGAACCUGGAUCGACCCAGAGACAUUGUAGUUGACCCAACUGGAGGUUUCAUGUACUGGACUGAUUGGGGAGCCAACCCAAAGAUUGAGCGUGCAGGGAUGGACGCCUCCAAUCGGAUUGUCAUAAUCUCUUCCAAUCUGACAUGGCCUAAUGGACUCGCCAUUGAUUACGAGACCAGACGUUUGUACUGGGCCGAUGCAGGCAUGAAAACUAUUGAGUAUGGCAACUUUGACGGCUCUGACAGACAGGUUUUGAUAGGCAGCCAGCUGCCCCAUCCCUUUGGCCUAACUGUACAUGAGGACAAGCUGUACUGGACAGAUUGGCUGUCCAAGAGUAUCCAAAGUGCUGAUAAACUGACUGGAUUGGGCCGCCAUACGCUGGCUGAAAACUUGGAAAACCUUAUGGAUAUUCACAUGUUCCAUCGGCAUCGGGAAACAGUGCAUAACCCGUGUGCUGUGAAUAAUGGAGGAUGUAGCCACCUCUGUCUCUUGGCGCCUGCACCCAAAGCUUGCAGCUGUUCCUGUCCCACAGGCAUCAAUCUACAGAGUGAUGGGAAGACCUGCACACCUGGUAUGAGCAGCUUCCUUAUCUUUGCUCGGAGAACAGACAUCAGGAUGGUUUCUCUUGACAUUCCAUAUUUUGCUGAUGUGGUUCUGGCAGUCAAUAGCUCAAUGAAAAACACUAUUGCUAUCGGAGUUGAUCCCAAAGAAGGUAAAGUUUAUUGGUCUGACAGCACACUGAAGAAAAUCAGCAGAUCAAACAUCAAUGGAACAGCCCAUGAAGACAUCAUAUCCACAGGGUUGGUGACGACGGAUGGAUUGGCUGUGGAUGCCGUCGGCAGGAAGAUUUACUGGACUGAUACUGGAAUCAACCGUAUUGAAGUUGCAAACCUGGAUGGCUCAAUGAGAAAAGUUCUUGUGUGGCAGAACCUUGACAGUCCCCGUGCGAUAGCCCUCUACCAUGAAAUGGGUUACAUGUACUGGACUGACUGGGGAGAACAUGCUAAGCUAGAACGCUCAGCUAUGGAUGGAUCUGAUCGUGUGGUCCUCAUAAAUAAUAACCUGGGCUGGCCUAACGGCCUGGCUGUUGACACAGCUGGAUCACAGUUGCUGUGGGCUGACGCUCACACUGAGCGUAUUGAGGCAGCUGACCUUAACGGGCAAAACCGACGCACCCUUGUUACUCCCGUCCAACACCCAUAUGGUUUGACCCUUCUGGGGUCCCAUAUCUACUGGACCGACUGGCAGAGCCGCAGCAUCCAGCGAGCGGACAAGAACACAGGGGCCAACACCAUUACAGUCCGAGCAAAUCUGCCAGGCCUGAUGGACAUCCAAGCUGUGGACAGAGAGAGGCCACUCGGUUUUAAUAAAUGUGGCAGGAGGAAUGGAGGGUGCACACACCUGUGUCUGCCUCGUCCAAAUGGCACUUCCUGCGCAUGUCCCACCGGCAUUCAGCUGAAGGGAGAUGGCAGGUCAUGUGAAGAUUCCCCAGAGACGUAUCUGAUCUUCUCUAACCGGGUCAGUGUGCGCAGAAUCUCCCUGGACACGAGUGACCACACCGAUGUGCAUGUGCCAGUUCCUGAGCUGCACAAUGUCAUCUCACUUGAUUACGACAGCGUUGAUGGAAAACUUUAUUACACCGACGUCACCCUGGAUGUUAUCAGGAGGGCAAAUCUAGAUGGCAGUGGAAUGGAAACAGUUAUCAGUCAGGGCCUAAAGACAACAGAUGGACUGGCUGUGGACUGGGUGGCUAGAAACAUGUAUUGGACCGACACUGGACGCAACACCAUUGAGGUGGCACGCCUGGACGGGACUUGCCGCAAAGUCCUGGUCAACAACAGUUUGGAUGAGCCACGAGCCAUAGCGGUGUUUCCAAGCAAAGGGUUUCUCUUCUGGACUGACUGGGGGCACAUUGCGAAGAUUGAGAGAUCUCAUCUCGAUGGAUCUGACCGAAAAGUCCUCAUCAAUACGGACCUGGGAUGGCCCAACGGCCUCACGCUGGACUAUGACACCAGGAGGAUCUACUGGGUAGAUGCUCACUUGGACAGGAUUGAGAGCUCAGACCUGAAUGGAAAGCUGCGUCAGGUCCUCGUUAAUCCCGUGCAGCACCCUUUCGCUCUAACUCAGUCGAAGCCGGUGUCCUCCCCUCUAACCCCUUUCUCCCGACUCUCGCAGCAAGACCGUUGGAUCUAUUGGACGGACUGGCAGACUAAGUCCAUCCAGCGGGUGGAUAAACACACUGGCCGAAAUAAGGAAACUGUGCUGGCCAAUGUGGAGGGUCUGAUGGACAUCAUAGUGGUAUCUCCACACAGACAGACAGGUACUAAUCUGUGUGGAAUAAAUAAUGGUGGCUGCACUCACCUCUGCUUCGCCAAGACCAACAGUUUUGUCUGUGCCUGUCCGGAUGAACUGGAUGGGCGUCCCUGUUCUACUGUUCCAGGUUACAUCCCCACUUCUCCUACCAAAGAUGCCAGCAGUACUCCUGUUCCCAGAAAGAUCCCCAAUGGACCUACAGACACGUCACAAAGGGGACCCUCUCUGAAUAACUGCACUGAUAAGGAUUUAAACGCUGUUGGCUGCAUGAACCAGGUAGUGACAGCUCCUCAUGGAGAAGGACUUCAUAUAAGCUAUGUGAUUGGAGGAGUUCUCACCAUUCUGGCGAUUCUGAUCCUUAUUGCUGCUUUUAUCAUCUACAGACACAAAAAGUCUAAAUUUGCUGAGCCUGGUGUGAGCAAUCUGACCUACAGUAACCCGUCAUAUCGAACAUCCACACAAGAGGUGAAGAUCGAAACGUCACAGAAGCCUCCGAUAUACAACCAGCUUCGAUAUAAGAAGGAGGUCGGAGUGGAUGGAGGCUACACAAAGGAGAAGAUCCGCAUAGUGGAGGGUGUGUGUCUCCUGUCCAGCGAAGAGCUUUACUGGGAUGAUUUAAAACAGAUAAAGCCAUCUCGAGGCGGCCUGCACACCUGCAUUCGCACAGACACCGUGUCCCUGCAGACCAGCAGCGCUUCACUCGACGACGGCGAGAGAGAGCAGCUCCUCCAGGAGGAAGCGUCUGAGUGCUCCUCUAUAAGCACGCUCACCCCCUCAGCCAUCACCCCACAGCGCCAUGCCGAGCACAGCCUGCCCGACACCGGCUGGGCUUCCAUACGCAAACCCUCAACCGAGAGCGAAGUGUGAGAGAGAUUCCCUCUGCGCUUCCUCCCGACCAUUCAUCACAUGA